GGCGCGGGGCGGGCCCGGCGCGGGGCGCGCGCAGCCGUCGCUAAGCCGGCGGGCGUGGGCAGGUGCGGGGGUCGCUGAGCGGUGGCACUGCGGUGGGAGCCCCGGAGAGCCCCGCUUAAACCUCCUGCAGCACUUGAAGCCUGGUGAAACACUGUGAUGGCAGCUCAGAUGACCAAUGCUCAUCGACGGUUCUUGCAGGCUCUGAUGUCUAAUGGCAUAACAGAAGGAUCAGAGGCCAAAAAAUUACACCAGCACUGCUGUGAAACUGACAAAGUUUACUAUGCACACGAUAAACUGGACGAUUUCAUCAGCACUAUUAACAGCCACCUGCAGCCUUUGUUUAUGCAGAUCCGGAAAGGAAUAUCAGAAGAUGAUGGGAGAGCACAUUAUGCUGUAGUGAAUUUGGCAGAAACUGAAGUAACUAAAAUGGCAUCUGACUAUACAGAAAGUGAAUUGGAAUUAUUCAGAAAAACAAUGGACCUAAUAAUUUUAUCAGAAAACGGCUUUGCCUCAUCUACAGAUAUUUUAAACUUGGCUGACCAACUUAAGACAAAGAAAAUGAAGAAAAAGGAAGCAGAACAAGUGCUGAAAGUUUUUGUGGAGGAUAAGUGGCUCUCUGAGAAAAAUGGAGAAUAUACUCUGCAUACUCGUUGCAUAAUUGAGAUGGAACAGUACAUUCUCAGCAACUACCAGGAUGUGGCAAGGAAAUGUAACAUCUGUCGCAGCCUCGCCAUCCAGAGCCAAGUAUGUGAAUCCUGUGGAAUUGGAAUGCACUUACCUUGUGUCAGAAAGUACUUCAGAGGCCAGACUGAACCCCGCUGUCCCGAGUGUAAUGAAUUCUGGUCUUGUGAUACCCCAGGUACUAAGCAAGGUGUGAGUCGGAUGGGCUCCCAGACUUAACACAGAGCUCCACUCUUGGCCCUAGAUGAUGCCAGUAAAACUUGAUGUCAGUGACAUCUGUUUGCCCCCCACUCUGGCAGAACAGCCAGACUGUGUUGUAUUCAUUAGUAACAGUACUCAGUGUACUAAUUUUCUACAGUUCUAAGAAUCUUACAAUAAAAUGAUCAUUGAUGUUCCUGUUCAUAGUAA